AUGGAAGCCAUAAUGGAUUCUCAGGGGAUCUGGGACUCCAUCGAACCACCGGCCGGAGAGGCGGUGAGCGAUAAAAAGAACAAGAUGGCUAGGGCUUUUAUAUUCCAAGCAGUUCCAGAAGACAUCCUUCUGCAAGUGUCGAAGAAGAGGACCACGAAGGAAAUCUGGGAGGCAUUGAAGACAAGAUAUCUUGGAGCCGAUCGGGUGCAAAGGGCAAGACUGCAUACGCUGAAGAGUGAUUUCGAAAGGUUGCGAAUGAAAGAAGGUGAGACGAUAGAUGAAUUUUCUGGAAACUUGAGCGCCAUGGUAUCAAAAUUUAAUAAUCUUGGUUCAACAAUUGAAGACAAUACACUUGUUCGGAAAAUUCUUGAUUCAGUUCCGGACAUGUAUUUACUUUUGGUUGCUUCAAUUGAACAAUGUUGCGACUUAGAUACCAUGCCAUUCGAAGAAGCUAUUGGCCGACUCAAAGCUUAUGAAGAUAGGUUGAAGCUUCGCAGUGGAAAUACAAGCAAUGAGGGAAGUUUAUUACUCACUAAGACAAAUUUUCAAAAGAAUCAGAAUACUUCGGGAGGAAGUUGGGCAUCAGGUAGAAGAGGACGUGGAUCUUACCAUCACGCUAAAGGCGGCCGGUAUGGUGGUCGUGAUAGAGGAGACGGACGAGGAAAAAGUGAACAUGUCAAUUUUAUACAAUCUCGAGAUUUCAGGUAUAAUCAACACAAGGGCAGAGAUAAGCGCCACAUAAAAUGUUUUAAUUGUGAAAAAUUUGGGCAUUGUGCGUCAGAAUGGAAGUCAUCGUCGAACGAGAAAAACAAUGAAAUAAAUCUAGCCCAAGCGCAAGAGAAGGAACCUGCACUACUUUUAAGUGUUUACGGGGAAAACACAUUACCUAAGGUAUUGCUUAAUGAAGAUAAAGUGCUCCCAAAUCAGAGUGAAAGAGAUGGUGAUGAUGUAUGGUACUUAGAUAAUGGUGCAAGCAACCAUAUGACGGGGAAACAAAAUCUUUUCGUUGAACUUAACAAGGAGAUAAUGGGUCAAGUUUGUUUUGGUGACGGGUCCAAAGUACAGAUUGAAGGAAAGGGAUCCAUCUUAUUGAAGUGCAAAAAUGGCGAACACAAAGUUAUUUAUGAAGUGUACUACAUUCCACCCUUGCGGAGUAAUAUUCUAAGCUUAGGGCAAUUAACAGAGGAAGGAUACAAGGUAGAAAUGUUGAACGAACACUUGAAGGUUCAUGAUGAACAUGGGAAAUUGAUCAUGAAGGUGCAACGGUCGAAAAACCGUGUGUACAAGAUUAAUCUUCAUACCAUACAUGUCAUGGACCGAAAUUGA